AACGUCAGUUACACUUCUCAUACACAUCUUUGUUUUUGGUUUUUACGUGCUUCUACUGGAACUCUUUUUUGUGUGUGUUUCUUGGUUUGAUGCAGGGUACCAAGACAAUUAGGGGCCUCAUUCUUGACAUGCAUUUGUUAAGAGAAGAGAAACAUGUCGGCCCAAUUUCAAAUUAUGGAAAUUACAGUCAUGAAAAUUCGGUGGAGGAAUCAGUGCUUGGUUGUGAAGAUAAUCGUUCAAUGCAUGAUCGUCUUGGUGGCAUCGUUAGGCAACGGAUUGUGAAUUGUAUCCCAAAAACCUCAUCUACCUCCGCAGAUGUGAUAAAAACAGAGGCAUUUGCAAACAUGCGCCAAUUAAAUGUGCUCCUGCUCGAUGAUGUUAAGCUUGAUGGAGGAUAUGAAGAUUUUCCAAAACACUUGGUGUGCCUGCGUUGGCUCAGAUUCCCUUUGAACUCUAUGCCAACGUGUUUAAAUGUGGAGAAACUUGUUGUUCUUGAUAUGCGGUAUAGCAGGCUAAAACAUGCUUGGCAGGGAAAGUCCUUUCCAUGCUUGAAGAUCCUUGACCUAAGUCACUCUCAUUUACUCACUACAACCCCUGACUUCACGGGACUACCUGGUCUUGAGAGUUUGCUGCUUAAAGAUUGUAUAAACUUAGUCAAGAUUGACGAUUCUAUUGCAGUCCUAAGGGCACUUGUCUUGUUAAAUCUUGAAGGCUGCGCAAAACUCAAGGAGCUUCCAAAGACAAUUUCUGAUUUGAAAUCACUUGAAGAACUAUAUUUGACUGGUUGCUCAGAACUUAAAGUGCUACCCAAAGUGCUGGCUCAGAUGGAAUCCUUGAAGGUGUUUUUUGCUGGUGGAAUUACCUUGAAUGAAUUAAGCUUUAGCUCGAGAGAUGUAAGGGGGCCUUGGUCUUGGUUAUCAGGCAGAGAAGGUCCAGAAUCCACUAUGUUUUCAUCUGCUUUUCUUCCACGUUCUUUGACCCAUUUGAUCCUUCCAAACUGCAAUUUAUCAGAUGGUAAAUUUACCACGGAUCUUCAUUUGCCGUCUUUGAGACAUUUAGUUCUGCGUGAUAACCCACUUAAUACUAUAUCGGCUGAAAUUCCUGGGCUCCCUUCACUCGUAUAUCUUGAUAUAACGCUGUGCAACAACUCCAACGUUAUUAUAAAGGUUCCUACGAGUAUAGAGGAACUGAAUUGGAUAGGGCGGUCAGUUACAAGUCUGUCGGACUUGCUGCGUUUUGGGUUAGAGCACAUCUCCAGUGGUCGUGAAAACCGGUUCACGGCAUCGUUCUGCCAAAAUUUUGUGCAGCUUGUUCAAUCGGAUUGGCCGAAAUUCCGGGGGAAUUUCAUUUUCAUGAACAAUAAUGUUUGGUGCCAAUUACAAUGUCUGGGGGAUGGUCUUCGGUCACGUGUAAUACUACAGGAGAAUACUUCGGGUCCUUCGCUUGCGCAUAACUUGCUUCUUUGGGAUAUGCAAAAGGGAAAAUUAUUAGAGGCGGACGAGGGAUAUAUGAAGACCGGGAGUUUCUUGGCUAUCCUGAGGGUUUUCAUUGAAAGUUUGAUUUAAAAAUUAAAAAUUCAAUUAAUUGAAAUUUUGAUGGAAAAAGCUACUAUGAGAUUUCUCACAAUGGAUUUUAGUGUGCUUAAUUAUAUGAUUAGUUGGAUACGCUAUCAAGAAAAAUAUAUUACUUAAAUAAUAUUAAAAUUUAGUUAAAAGUUAAA